AUGAACAACUUAAAGCAUGAUAUACUAAGUGAAAAUAAUCAUUCACGGAAACUGGAGAAACAAUUAUUAAAUUAUAAUCUAAUCAUCACGAGCCAACAGUAUUCAGGAAUGCCUAAACCACCACCAAAGUACAAGGCAGGGAAACAUCCCAAAUUAGCUACGGCCCUUAUCAAAGCUUGGCUUCAGAGUGUUGAAUACACUGUGAGAAGGGAUCGACAAGGCUCCGGCUGCUUCCAGCAGCUCCAGCUGCCUUACAUCAGCUUCCAGCUGCCUUACAUCAGCUUCCAGCUGCCUUACAUCAGCUUCCAGCCGCCUUACAUCAGCUUCCAGCCGCCUUACAUCAGCUUCCAGCCGCCUUACAUCAGCUUCCAGCCGCCUUACAUCAGCUUCCAGCCGCCUUACAUCAGCUUCCAGCCGCCUUACAUCAGCUUCCAGCCGCCUUACAUCAGCUUCCAGCCGCCUUACAUCAGCUUCCAGCCGCCUUACAUCAGCUUCCAGCCGCCUUACAUCAGCUUCCAGCCGCCUUACAUCAGCUUCCAGCCGCUUUCCAGCAGAAAUAAAUAA